UUCAAGCUGAACACAGGUCGGAUGUUUAUGAGGCUGAACUGAGCGACUUUACAAGACUUUUUUUUUUUUUCUUUAACCGGAGCAGCUUGUGGUCUCGCACGCAGAGGAUGCUUUUGUCUCUUCAGCUCACACCUGGAACAAGGAAACAGUGACGGCUUGUUGUUGUUAUUAUUGUUGUUUAUAUGAGCCUCACUGCUCACACAAGAAUCAAAGUGAAGGACAAAGUUAUCUCCUUUUUUUUUUUAUGACAUUGAAGGAAUGCCAUUGGAGUACGCGCUUUGGACCUGAUGUGCGUGUAGACUGUGACCUGUAGCAACACCUGUGACACAAGAGACAGCGUGGUUUUGUGGCUGCGCUCAGACUUUGAAGAAGCGAUACGGUCGCGCGGUGAAGGCAGGACACAGGUCGCUGACUUUCCUCAUCAGAUAAGUGCGGCACGUUUCAGCGAACGCGCAAAGGAAGACAUUUGAGGCGCAGAGGCGAGACGAAGCGCACGGGCGGCGUCAGGUGCAGCGAGGUGGUAGAGAAGGUAAAGAAAGGUAACCGAUCCCGUCAAGCCGGGUUUGCCAAGUCCAGCCAUCACAAUGACGGACGGUCCGAGACAACGGAGCAGCACAGCGGGCUCUGCCAAGGAUGCUGCCGGUGAGGAGUCCGGAGGAGGAGGAGUUGCACUCAAGAAAGAAAUCGGGCUUGUGAGCGCCUGUGGUAUUAUUGUAGGUAACAUUAUCGGCUCAGGUAUCUUCGUCAGUCCGAAGGGAGUGAUGGAGAAUGCCAGCUCCGUGGGCGUGGCCCUGAUCGUCUGGAUCAUCACCGGCGUCAUCACUGCCAUCGGAGCGCUGUGCUACGCGGAGCUGGGCGUCACCAUCCCCAAGUCGGGAGGAGACUACUCCUACGUCAAGGACAUCUUCGGAGGGCUGGCCGGGUUCCUGCGUCUGUGGAUCGCCGUGCUGGUCAUCUACCCGACCAAUCAGGCUGUGAUCGCUCUGACGUUCUCCAACUACGUCCUGCAGCCUCUCUUCCCCACCUGCUUCCCCCCGGAGAACGGCCUGCGUCUGCUGGCUGCCGUCUGCCUCUUGCUGCUGACAUGGGUGAACUGCUCCAGCGUGAGGUGGGCCACCAGGGUGCAGGACAUCUUCACCGCCGGCAAACUGCUGGCCCUCGCCCUCAUCAUCGUCAUGGGCAUCGUGCAGAUCUGCAAGGGAGAGUACUACUGGUUGGAGCCAGCCAAUGCCUUUGAGCCCUUCCAGGACUAUGAUGUUGGUUUGAUAGCCUUAGCUUUUCUACAAGGUUCCUUCGCCUAUGGAGGGUGGAACUUCCUCAACUACGUCACAGAGGAGCUGGUGGACCCCUAUGUGAACCUUCCCCGUGCCAUCUUCAUCUCCAUCCCCCUCGUAACCUUCGUUUACGUCUUCGCCAACAUCGCCUACGUCACGGCUAUGAGCCCCAAGGAGCUGCUUGCCUCAAACGCUGUUGCCGUGACGUUCGGUGAGAAGCUGCUGGGAGUCAUGGCGUGGAUCAUGCCUAUUUCUGUGGCUCUCUCCACCUUCGGGGGAGUCAACGGUUCCCUCUUUACCUCUUCAAGAUUGUUCUUUGCUGGAGCCAGAGAAGGCCACCUCCCCAGUCUGCUGGCCAUGAUUCAUGUGAAGCGCUGUACUCCCAUCCCUGCUCUGCUCUUCACUUGCCUGUCCACUCUGCUUAUGCUGUGCACCAGUGACAUGUACACUCUCAUCAACUACGUGGGCUUCAUCAACUACCUCUUCUAUGGAGUCACUGUCGCUGGGCAGAUUGUCCUGCGCAUCAAGCAGCCCAACAUGCACCGGCCAAUCAAGGUGAGCCUGAUAUGGCCGGUCAUUUACCUCAUCUUCUGGGCCUUCUUGCUCAUCUUCUCCCUUUACUCCGAGCCCGUGGUGUGCGGCAUCGGCCUGGCCAUCAUGCUGACUGGCGUCCCUGUCUAUUUCCUGGGAGUCUACUGGGACAACAAGCCACAGUGCUUUGACACCUUCGUUAACAAGAUGACGUAUGUGGGCCAGAAGUUCUGUGUGGUGGUUUAUCCUGCCGGAAGCGAUGGCAGCAGCAGCGGGAGUGGAGAGGAAGGAGAGGAAAUGAAGGAGGCCAGGUCUCCUCUGUCCAAGGAGGACGGAGACAACCACAAGUCAGCGGACUGCUAAAGUGCACGUCUUUAUCACCCACCUUCCCCAAAAGUAAACAGGCAAAAACAGACGCACAUGUGGGCGCACACAUACACAAAGACACAUGCAAACAUACAUCACAGUUUGUAGUGGAAUUACUGAUCAACACUUGUGCCCCCACGUCUUGUCUUCAACAUUUUUUAUUUGGUUUUCAGCAUCGUAUCAAUCAAUAAUUUCUGUGCCAAAUAUAGGAUGAGAUGUUUAGAGUAACAUGACCUCAAGCUUUUCUAUCUGGGGUCCUUCAAAAGUGCAAUAAAGAAAGGUUAACGCCUUUCAACUCCUCAGCACAUGCGUAAAGAUCUACAUUUAACUAUUCACUACUCUUCAUCAUCAUCAUCCUCAUCCUCAUCCUCAUCCUCAUCAUCAUCAUCAUCAUCAUCAUCAUCAUCAUCACCAUCAUCACCACCACCCUGCUUCUGAUCAUCCCCUCUCCCCCUCCACACACUCUGCACACUCCCACUGUAAGAGCGACAUUUUUUUUAGUGUUUUUAUAUUAUUAUCAAAAGACUCUUACUGUACUGUGAUGGCUACGCAAACCGUUUUUUUUUUUUUGAUGCCACAUUGUUAAUUUUUGCUUUGUCAUACAUUCAACACCAAAGCUGUAUUUUGAUUGUCAAAGCAGAAAAUCAGAUUCAGAUCAAGUCAUUUCAUGUUGUGAAGUACACUAAGUACUGUUGUUUUGUUUUUAAAGGUGACUGUGAUUCCGAAAUGUUUCUCUCAUAUUUUUUGUAAUUGUGAUAAUUGUUUAUAUCAUUUGCCUUUGUUGUUAUUUUAGUUUUAAUAUGUUAAUUUCAGUUUUGUUUGAUAUUCUUUUUUUUCUAUUCGACAUCAUAUUCAUCUGGGCCUAUUUUUUACUCUUGAAACUGCAAAGGUGUACACCUGAAAGAUGAUGUGUGAUCUGUACUUUGUAUUGGUGAAUGUGCUGGUAAAUGAUGCACAGUUCUUGUUAAUUGCCUUAAUUAGAAUAUAUUCUGUACUUGGGUGCCAUUGUAGCUGUGUUGCUUUGACUGAGGCAGAGAGAUAAUUUACCCAUUCAAAUUGCGGGUGCAGCAUAGACUUAGACAACUAGAAAGAAUAAAUAGGCAAGACAUGAUAGUUUUCACCACCACAUUUGCAUCGUUAAUGUGCAAAUCCCUACACCGACACAUGUGAAUGCCCGUGUGAAAACAGUUUAAAAAAGGCAUUGAUUGUCUUUCAUGUUUUACAGCAAAAGUAUUUUUUUAGCUUGACAUCUAGUUGUGGUUAGAUUUUUCUUUUUGCUUUAUUUAGGGUGUAGAAAAAAGAGCUUUACAUUAAAAAAACAUUUUUUGAUUCAUAUAAUUCACUAGAAAUUAUUUUAUAGUGCAAUAUUAGUACAGGCACCAGCAAAAACUGAACAUGCACCACUGAAUGAACCCAUUCUGUGUUGUCUGGUUAUAGUUAUGUUUCCACACUUAUGCUGUAUGUUAUAGUUACAACACUCCUUCAUACAUAAACAUACAUUAUAUACUUUCAUGUCUUCAGUCUUUCUAAAAACCUAGUGUCUCAGGGCAUCCCCACUGCCUUCUCCUUACAUACACUGCCUAAAACCUCCAGACCAUGAAAACUCAACAGAUCUGAUUCAUUGCUUCUUUGAAAUCCAGUCUGUUCGUGAUAAAUGUCUGUACUGGUGCUUUUAGAUAUUUAUUUCCUCAGGAGUCUCAAUUUUACAACCAACCCCCCCCCCAAAAAAAAAAAAAAAAAUUUCA